UCAGGAGAACCGUCCUGAAACGCAUCGCCCUCUGGUCGGAGCAGGUGGUGUGAGCACCCUCAGAGCAGGAUCCUCAGCGCUGGGCCCGGCGCCGAUGGCAGACGAUGUCGACCACUAACAACAUCGCUCAGGCCCGCAAGCUGGUGGAGCAGCUCCGCAUCGAGGCCGGCAUCGAGCGCAUCAAGGUCUCCAAAGCCUCUUCGGAGCUGAUGAAUUACUGUGAGCAGCAUGCCCGGAGCGACCCUCUGCUGGUGGGGGUGCCAGCCUCCGAGAACCCCUUUAAGGACAAAAAGCCCUGCACCAUCCUAUAGCCACCCCAGCUGCAGUUUGUGCCCCCCAGGCAGGGCCAGGCCGGACCCGCUGGCACCGCGCAGCGCCGAGGGGUAAAGGCCAAACAUCGGCUGCUGCGCUUCCAUCCGUGGGCGCUGCGGGUUGGGGUGGUGGUGGAGGGUGCUGAGCCGAGGGGGUGAACAUUUCCAAGUAACACAAAAGAAAUAAA